UCUUUGGUAUCCAUGGGAGCAUCUGUGGGAGCAGUAACAAAACAGACCCUGUUCCCUCCUCUCAUGCCUGCAGGGCGACCUUUCCGUGUGUCAAAUGCCUCCCGAAGCAGCCGGAAAGGAAUUGUUGCAAGCAGCCUGCAAGAGCUUAUCAGCAAGACUUUAGAUGCCUUCCUUAUAUCUGCUGGAAUAAUUACUCUGGUUUUGGAGGAAGAUGGCACGGUUGUGGACACAGAAGAGUUCUUCAGGUCCCUGGAUGAUAAUACACACUUCAUGGUUCUAGAAAAAGGACAGAAAUGGACACAAACAAGAAAUGGAGUUGCCACUGUGAGACAAAAGAAGAAAAUGGGAGUAGCUAACAUCACGUUUGAUCUGUACAAGCUGAACCCUAAGGAUUUUAUUGGCUGCUUAAACAUCAAGGCGACCUUCUAUGAGAUCUACUCUGUCUCGUAUGACAUCAAAUGUAUGGGAGCAAAAAGCAUAUUGCGGAAGGUGCUUCAGUUAAUGUCCCAUGCAGCACAAAUAACUGGACAGUUUCUUCUCUAUACUGGAACAUACAUGUUGCAGUUGAUGGGUGAAUAUGACGAAGAUGGCACGUGUACAAGAUCAAGGCGCGAGUAGUGAACACAGCUGCACUUCUGAUAUCGGAUCCUUUUGCUUAAAGAGAUUGUUUUGCCCAACUUUGAUUGUAAUGAUGUUAUAGUAGGGGGAUGUCCACUGAUGUGAACUAACAUUUUUCCCCAUUUGGGAAUGCUUGUAGGCCUCAGUCAUAAAAUGUUUGGUGUUCACAGGCUCUUAACAUAGCAAAAUGAUGGGUGCCUAAUGUCUGAGAAUUUGGGAAAAGGUGAGAAGGCAGGUUUUUGCACCAGCAGCUCAAAAUGGAGAAUAAGUAUACUUGGAAACUUGCUUGCUUUGU